GGUUUUGACAGCCGCGACCUGACCACACAACGCAUUACUAGGUGUGUUCGUCCGUAGUUCAUCCGGUGCGGUCCCAUCGGAUGCCUACAUUUAAAAAUUUAUUUCCGGGUCUAUCGAUCUCAGUAAAUUACGUAGUGGAUUACAAUAAAUUACACGUGAUAUAAAGUUUAGUAUUCUGAUAGAAGUAUAUUUUAAAAGCUGGAAGGCGGUAGCGGAGAAUUCAAUAUGGCAUCAAAAGGCAAGAAGAACAAAGUGCCUAUAACAAAAUCCGUAUUAAACGCAAAAGAUAAUACUGAUAGACCAAAUAAUGAUUUGGCCAAUGAUAAAUAUGAUUGUGGGGCGAGUGACUCAUCAACUACCAGCAGUUCCACAGAGGCUGCAGGGUUCAGUGGCUCAGAAGUCCUCGACCCAAAGACGGUUCAUAACGUCUGCGUAUUUCUUAAGGAUUUCGUGGAUGAUAUGAGCGGAGCUUUUUUGAUAUACGAGUAUUUUAUAGAAGGAAUCAUGAUGGAAUUACGGAAUCCAAAUCUCUCGACACAGAGGAAAGCAACUAUGAACGCGCACGUAAAGUUAUUUCAACACCAUUUGUCGAUCAUUAUCCGUGAGCUGCGAAGAGUUAAGAGGAGGGAGUCGAAUGCACUAACCGCCACGAGCAAUUCGUUUGCUCUAACAGAAGAAGGAUCCAAAGACGAACUGAUACCUAAUUACAAAUAUGUCGUAUUUGUAAUCUACGAGGAGGCGAUGAAGCACAAAAAGAAAUUGGGGGAAUUGUUCAAAAGUACAGAGCCGACAUCUUCAUAAAUUAACAUAUUACUAAUAAUAGAUGUUAAUGUUUCUCGUCUUAAUUCUUAAAAAAUUAUAAAAUUGUAACGUUUAUUACUAAGAGUGAUUGUGUUAAGGCAUUCAGUUCACAUGUAUUAGUUUGUUCGUUAAAAUGAUUGAAAUGUUGAAACUCUUAAAUUUUACUUUUAAAGUUUGAAAAGCUAAAUUACUUUCAUAAAAAUUAUCUUUUUUCGCUUUUGUAUUUUACAUUUGAAUUCUAUGAAAUAUCGUAAGUAGUUUAUGUAGUGCAAUGAACUAGUAAUAUUCGAAAUGAGUAGUCGUGUCACUUUCAAUGUGUUUUAAGCUUAAUAUCUCUUAAUCCCUUUUUGCUAGUAGUGGGAUAUAUUUUAUACCCACCCUGAUGUACACAAGGUGUUGAUGCUCGUUAUAGUGGCCCAUGCAAUUCGCGUUCAGCCUGUGUAUAUCUGAUUUCAACAGGCCGGCAUAAUUGUGUCGACUGUCGCGGGGUAAUUAUGUCUCGUCAGUCAACAUUCUAUUGGACCCCACAACCAUCACCAUUAAAUGCAGUGGGGUCACUGCGGUGUAAAAAAACCUGUUUUCAUACAAUGUUACAAGUAAACUAUGAAUGGAUUAUACGUAUAAUUAUCGUUUUAAGUAUGUAAGAUUUUCAUAUUUCACAACAAUAAUACGCGUCUAAAUCCCUUAUCUAUUUAUUGAACCGCUCUACUGUGAUGUAUUUUUGAGAAAUCAAUUAUUCAUUACAUUGUAACAUCAUUUAUUAUUGGCGUUGUUACGUCAAUAUUUAACUUUGAUGUUUCCAAUUAUUAAUAAAGUUUGCAAUAGGC